CUUACAACACACCUCGAACACACACACAUGGCUGCAGAUAUGAAACAUGUUGCUUUUCUCCUCCUGAUCGUCUUCACAGGCAGGUCGUCCUUUGAGAAAGUGUGCAGUUACCAGGAUGUAGUGGACUACCUGAACCUGACCACAGAUAACAGUGCUUUUAAAGUGACCCGGCCCGUUCUGGACCACAAAAACCUCACCAUAGUGAAGCUGGACAUCAUCCUCUACGCCAUCCUGGCUGUGAUGGAGAAAACACAAACUUUUAUUCCUUUCAUUUGGGCAACAGUGACGUGGAACAAUGAACGCAUCUCAUGGGAUCCGGCUCAGUUUUGUGGAAUCACUCACAUUUCAGUUCCUAAAGAUAUGCUCUGGAAACCAGACCUCUUCAUCUAUGAGAUGACACAGAAGGAUGACUCCCCUCAGAAUCCGUACAUGUACGUGUCCAAUGACGGGAAGAUCAAUUCUGAAGAGGACAUGAGGGUGGUCAGCACCUGUGAGAUGGACGUCCACAAGUUUCCCUUCGACACGCAGAGAUGCAACAUCUCCAUUGGAUCUGCAAUCCACUGUGUCGAGGAGAUCCGUCUCUUUCCUUUCUCCAACUCUUCUCGAGCCACGCAGUUUUCCAGAGAGUUGAUGAUAACUCAGGGAGAGUGGGAGUUCCUCCAACUGUCUGUCAUCAGCCGCAAUGUCACCUUCGACGAUAAACAGUGGGAGCAGCUCAUAUACACUUUCACCAUCAAGAGGCGGCCCCUCCUUCAUGUCAUUAACUUCCUGUUGCCCAUCCUGUUCUUCUUGAGUCUGGACCUCGCCUCCUUCUUUAUCGCUGACCAUCGAGGAGAGAAGCUGGGCUUCAAAGUCACCGUGCUGCUGGCCAUCUCCGUCCUGCUGCUCAUCCUGAACGACAUCCUGCCCUCCAUGUCCAACAGGACUCCGCUCAUAGCGACCUACUGCAUCGUGAUUUUUGCUCUGAUGCUGCUCAGCCUGCUGGAGACGAUCUUGGUCACGUAUCUUAUGGAGAAAGACUCUGAAUCCCAAGAGAAGCUCUGGCUGAGGGACAACUGGGAGGAACAACAGGAGAAACUCAAAAUCAAUAACGGUAACACAGAGGAGAAAAGACAGAUCUGCUGUUCAUGCAUCUGCGAAGUGCCUGACGGUGAGAAACAGCGUGAGCUGCUGCCGAUGUCUGAAGAGGUUAACAACAGCAUCCAGUCACGAGAGUCUCACGUGUUACUGCUGAUCCUGCAGGAGCUGAAGGAGCUGCAGAAGAACCUGAAUCUGAACCUCAGCUGCAGACAGGAAAGAGGGAAGUCCAGUCUCUGGGCUGCAAGAAUCAACAAAGCUUUCUUAAUUUUUUACAUCACCACAGUUUCACUAUUUCUAACCCUCAUCUUCAUUGCAUGGAACACAUAGAAAUGUAAAGUAAUACCUUGAAUUCUGUAUUGUACCUUUUUGUAAACAGGUGAUGUCUACAAGUGUUGUUUUGUAUUUAUAGCGUCUUGUGAAUCUGUUUUAUGUGGUUCAGAUGAGCUAACUUUUCCACCGUUGAAAGUGAAGUAACAUGAGCCUGUAGUUGUGUGGUUUCGAGAUUUAUACAGUUGAUGAAAGCUUUAUUUAUUUUUGAAAUAAGGAAAGCAUUACCGUAGAGGCCAGUUUUAUUCAGUGCUUCUGAAUGUGGUUGUAUAAAAAUGUGAUGUGGAAAUAAUCACUGUUUAUUCACAGCAGCAGAUACAAGGAUAAUAAAGGU